AUGUCAGACAAGAUGUCCAGUUUCCUCCACAUCGGGGACAUCUGCUCUCUCUAUGCAGAGGGCUCCACCAGUGGAUUUAUCAGCACUUUAGGGCUUGUGGAUGACCGCUGUGUGGUACAGCCAGACACAGGGGACCUCAACAACCCGCCCAAGAAGUUCAGAGACUGCCUUUUCAAGCUGUGCCCCAUGAACAGGUACUCUGCACAGAAACAGUUUUGGAAGGCAGCAAAACCAGGUGGAAACAGCACCACUGACACAGUGCUCCUCAACAAACUCCACCAUGCUGCUGAUCUGGAGAAGAAGCAGAAUGAAUCAGAGAACCGAAAGCUGCUAGGAACUGUUAUCCAGUACGGAAAUGUCAUUCAGCUGUUGCACUUGAAAAGCAAUAAGUACCUGACGGUGAAUAAGCGUCUCCCUGCCCUGUUGGAGAAGAAUGCUAUGAGGGUGACGCUGGACUCUGCAGGCAACGAGGGCUCCUGGUUUUACAUCCAGCCCUUCUACAAGCUGCGCUCCCUGGGAGACAGUGUGGUGAUUGGAGACAAGGUGGUCCUUAACCCUGUGAACGCUGGACAGCCUCUUCAUGCCAGCAGCCAUCAGCUGGUAGACAACCCAGGAUGCAAUGAGGUGAACUCCGUGAACUGCAACACAAGUUGGAAAGUAGUUUUGUUUAUGAAAUGGAGCGACAACAAGGAGAUUAUUCUUAAAGGGGGUGACGUUGUUCGGCUGUUCCAUGCAGAGCAGGAGAAGUUCCUGACAUGUGACGACUUCAAAAAGAAGGAGUAUGUAUUUCUCAGGACUACAGGACGCCAGUCCGCCACCUCCGCCACUAGCAGCAAGGCAUUGUGGGAAGUGGAGGUGGUCCACCAUGACCCGUGUCGGGGCGGGGCUGGCUACUGGAACAGCCUGUUCAGGUUCAAACACCUUGCCACAGGGUCUUACUUGGCUGCUGAGGUGAAUCCUGACUAUGUGGAAGAAUGUCCUGAGCCCCGACCCUCAUUGGACUCGGACCAUGAAGCCCUGCGAGCGCGUCUGCGAACCCCUCAAGAGAGGGUCAUGUACCAACUGGUGUCUGUCCCUGAUGGCAUGGACAUCUCCUCUAUCUUUGAGCUGGACCCAACCACCCUGAGAGGGGGGGACUCCCUGGUGCCCAGGAACUCUUUCGUGAGGCUCAGGCACCUCUGCACCAACACAUGGGUCCACAGCACCAACAACCCAAUUGACAAGGAGGAGGAGAAGCCUGUCAUGUUACGAAUUGGUACAUCAGCGGUUAAAGAAGACAAAGAGGCCUUUGCCAUAGUGCCUGUCCCCCCAGCAGAAGUCAGAGACUUAGACUUAGCCAACGAUGCCAGUAAAGUGUUAGCAUCCAUCGCUGGCAAGCUGGAGAGGGGCACUAUAACCCAGAACGAGAGGAGGUUUGUCACUAAGCUUCUAGAGGACCUGGUCUUCUUCGUGUGUGACAUCCCCAACACUGGCCAGGAUGUGCUGGAGAUCAUGGUCAACAAGCCCAAUCGAGAGAGACAGAAACUCAUGAGGGAGCAAAACAUCCUCAAACAGAUUUUCAAACUUCUCCAAGCCCCGUUCACUGAUAGCGGGGAUGGUCCCAUGCUGCGAUUGGAAGAGCUUGGUGACCAGCGCCACGCACCCUUCAGGCAUAUCUGCAGGCUCUGCUACAGGGUAUUACGGCACUCCCAGCAAGACUACAGGAAGAACCAGGAGUACAUAGCCAAGCAGUUCCGCUUCAUGCAGAAACAGAUAGGCUACGAUGUUCUAGCUGAGGACACGAUAACAGCCCUGCUCCACAACAACCGCAAGCUCCUUGAGAAACACAUCACGGCUGCUGAGAUUGACACCUUCGUCACCUUGGUCAGGAAGAACCGGGAGCCCAGGUUUCUGGACUACCUGUCUGACCUGUGUGUGUCCAUGAACAAGUCCAUCCCAGUGACUCAGGAGCUAAUCUGUAACGCUGUGCUGGACCCUUCCAACGCAGACAUCCUCAUCGAGACUAAGCUAGUGCUGUCGCGCUUUGAGAUUGAGGCUGUAACAAUCGGGGAGGCUCCCGUGGAAAUGGAGGAGGACGAAGAAGAGGUGUGGCUCUUCUGGAGGGACAACCUCAAGGAGAUCAGGAGCAAGAGUGUCAGAGAGCUGGCCCAGGACGCCAAGGAGGGCCAGAAGGAGGACCAGGAGGUGGUCAGCUAUUACAGGUACCAGCUGAACCUUUUUGCGCGGAUGUGUCUGGACCGUCAGUACCUGGCCAUCAAUAAGAUCUCUGGCCAGCUGGACGUGGACCUGAUCCUGCGCUGCAUGUCUGACGAGGACCUGCCCUACGACCUGCGCGCCUCCUUCUGCCGCAUGAUGCUGCACAUGCACGUGGACCGCGACCCCCAGGAACAGGUCACCCCCGUCAAGUACGCCCGCCUCUGGUCCGAGAUUCCCUCCAAGAUCGCCAUCGGCGACUACGACAAUGAUGGGACAACCAGAGAUGAGAUCAAGGAGAGGUUCUGCCUGACCAUGGAGUUUGUGGAGAACUACCUGAUGUCUGUGGUGUCUCAGAACAUCCCCUUCGAUGACAGAGAGAAAAACAAGCUCACCUUCGAGGUAGUUAACCUGGCAAGGAACCUCAUUUACUUUGGCUUCUACAACUUCAGUGACCUGCUGCGACUGACUAAGAUCUUAUUGAACAUCCUGGACUGUGUUCAUGUCAGCACCAUAUACCCUGUCACCAAGCUGGAGAAGGGAGAGGAAAAACAAGGCAGUAAUGUGAUGAAGUCUAUCCACGGGGUGGGGGAGCUUAUGACCCAGGUGGUCCUCAGAGGUGGGGGUUUCCUACCCGUCACCCCCACCCACCAGCCGGAGGAGGGCGUGGUCAAGACCCAGACGGAGCCGGAGAGGGAGGACAUCAUGGUGAUGGACACCAAGCUCAAGAUCAUCGAGAUCCUCCAGUUCAUUCUGAAUGUGCGGCUGGACUACAGGAUCUCCUGCCUACUCUGUAUCUUCAAGCGGGAGUUUGAUGAGAGUAACCCUCAGGGUGAUGGCACACCAUCUAGUGCUAGUCAGGAUGGAAAUAAUAUGACAGGGGCUCUAGAUUUUGAGAACAUUGAGGAGCAGGCAGAGGCGAUCUUUGGAGGAAGUGAGGAGAACACCCCUCUGGACCUGGAUGACCAUGGUGGGAGAACCUUCCUGAGGGUGCUGCUACACCUCACCAUGCAUGACUAUCCUCCCCUGGUGUCUGGGGCCCUCCACCUGCUCUUCAGACACUUCAGCCAGAGACAGGAGGUCCUCAUGGCCUUCAAACAGGUCCAGCUCUUGGUAACCAGCCAAGAUGUGGACAACUACAAGCAGAUCAAGUCAGACCUAGACCAGCUGCGCUCCAUUGUAGAGAAGUCUGAGCUGUGGGUUUACAAGAGGCAGGGGGAUGAUGACGGAGGGGACGGACCCUCAGAGUCCGACCAUAAAAAGAAGGGGGAUUCAGGCAGCUCAGACAAAAAGAAGACGGAAACCACCAGCAGUUACAAUUACAGGGUUAUGAAAGAGAUCCUGCUGCGGCUCAGUAAGCUGUGUGUCCAGGAGGGAGCGUCAGGGAAGAAGAGUAAGAAGCAGCAGCAGAGACUACUGAGGAACAUGGGAGCCCACAGUGUGGUGCUGGAGCUACUGCAGAUUCCCUAUGAGAAGGGUGAGGACGUCCGCAUGCAAGAGAUCAUGAAGCUGGCCCAUGAGUUCCUCCAGAACUUCUGUGCAGGGAACCAGCAGAACCAGAUCCUGCUGCACAAGCACAUUAACCUGUUCCUCAACCCAGGGAUUCUGGAGGCAAUCACCAUGCAACACAUCUUCAUGAAUAACUUCCAGCUGUGCAGUGAAAUCAACGAGCGCGUGGUGCAGCACUUUGUCCACUGCACCGAGACACAUGGCCGCCAUGUACAGUACCUCAAAUUCCUGCAGACCAUCGUCAAGGCUGAGAACAAGUUCAUCAAGAAGUGUCAGGACACCGUCAUGGCUGAGCUGGUGAACUCGGGCGAGGACGUGCUGGUGUUCUACAACGACCGUGCAUCCUUCCAGACCCUGGUCACGAUGAUGCGGUCGGAACGGGACCGCAUGGAUGAGAACAGCGCUCUGAGGUACCACAUCCACCUGGUAGAGCUGCUGGCCGUCUGCACCGAGGGAAAAAAUGUCUACACAGAGAUCAAGUGCAACUCCCUGCUGCCUUUGGAUGACAUAGUGAGGGUGGUCACCCAUGAGGACUGCAUCCCUGAGGUGAAGAUAGCCUACAUCAACUUCCUGAAUCACUGCUACGUGGACACAGAGGUGGAGAUGAAGGAGAUCUACACCAGCAAUCACAUGUGGAAGCUCUUUGAGAACUUCCUGGUGGACAUAUGCAGGGUGUGCAACAACACCAGUGACAGGAAGCAUGCAGACACGGUUCUGGAGGGUUACGUGACAGAGACGGUCAUGAUCAUCGUCACCACCUUCUUCAGCUCGCCCUUCUCUGACCAGAGCACCAGUCUGCAGACUCGCCAGCCGGUGUUCGUUCAGCUCCUUCAGGGGGUGUUUAGGGUGUUCCACUGUAAUUGGCUCACCCCCACUCAGAAGGCCUCAGUUGAGGCCUGUAUCAAGGUGCUGUCUGAUGUGGCCAAGAAUAGAGCCAUUGCCAUCCCUGUGGACCUGGACAGCCAGGUGAACAACCUGUUUGUCAAGUCCAACAAUGUGGUCACCAAGUCCAUCCUGAGCUGGAGGCUCUCUGCUAAGAAUGCCCCCAGGAGGGACUCCAACGCCACCACGUCCGUCAGCUACAGGAACAUCAUAGAGAGGCUACAGGACAUAGUUUCAGCCCUGGAGGACCGUCUGCAUCCCCUGGUCCAGGCUGAGCUGUCUGUCCUGGUGGACGUGCUGCAUCGCCCUGAGCUGCUGUUCCCUGAGAACACAGACGCCCGCAGGAAAUGUGAGAGCGGCGGCUUCAUCUCCAAGCUCAUCAAACACACCAAACAGCUGCUGGAGGAGAACGAGGAGCGGCUGUGUAUCAAGGUGCUGCAGACUCUGAGGGAGAUGAUGACCAAAGACCGUGGCUAUGGGGAGAAGGGUGAAGCCCUGAGGCAGAUUCUGGUGAAUCGUUACUAUGGGAACAUCAAGCCUGGGGCCAGAAGAGACAGUGUGACGACGUUCGUCAAUGGUCCUGUCCCCCCUGGAACAGAAGGGAAACCUCGAGCAGGUACCUUGGUGAGUUCAGGGGCGGCCGCGGCCCGAGGGGAGCUGACCCUGCAUGAGGUCCAGUGCCGUCUGGAUAAAGAGGGUGCAUCCGACCUGGUAAUUGACCUCAUCAUGAACGCCACGAGCGACCGUAUCUUCCAGGAGAGCAUCCUAUUGGCCAUCGCCCUGCUGGAGGGCGGGAACACGGUCAUCCAGAAAUCCUUCUUCAUGCGUCUGACAGGGGAAAACAAGUCAGAGAUGUUCUUCAAGGUGUUCUAUGAGAGGAUGAAGCUGGCCCAGCAGGAGAUCAAGGCCACUGUGACUGUCAACACCAGCGACCUGGGCAGCAAGAAGAAGGACGAGGAGCCCCCAGACAAGGACACGCCCACCGCUAAAGGAAAGAAAGGUCCGGUUGCUGCGGUGACGGAGGAGGUCAAGGAGCAGCUGGUGGAAGCGUCCACGGUCACUAAGAAGGCGUUCACCACGUACCGCCGUGAGGCCGAGGCCGAGGAGCACCUGGCCGCCGCCGAGUGUCAGGGCCCCGCCAGCACGCCUGAUGACCAAGAGGGGGAGAUGAGUGUCAUCAUUACCAUCAUGCAGCCCAUACUGCGCCUCAUGCAGCUGCUGUGUGAGAACCACAACAGGGAGUUGCAGAACUUCCUUAGGUGUCAGAACAACAAGAACAACUAUAACCUGGUGUGUGAGACGCUGCAGUUCCUGGACUGUAUCUGUGGCAGCACCACGGGAGGCCUGGGGUUGCUGGGACUCUACAUCAAUGAGAAGAAUGUAGGCCUCAUCAACCAGACAGUAGAGAGCCUCACAGAGUACUGCCAGGGACCCUGCCAUGAGAACCAGAACUGCAUCGCCACUCAUGAAUGCAACGGUAUCGACAUCAUCAUCGCUUUGAUCCUCAAUGACAUCAACCCCCUGGGCAAGAAGAGGAUGGACCUGGUGCUGGAGCUCAAGAAUAACGCCUCCAAGCUCCUCUUGGCCAUCAUGGAGAGUCGCCACGACAGUGAGAAUGCAGAGAGGAUACUGUACAACAUGAGGCCUAAAGAACUGGUGGAGGUGAUAAAGAAGGCCUACAUGCAGGGGGAGGUUGAGCCGGAGGAGCCUGCUGAGGAAGAUGAAGAUGGUGAGGAAGAGCAUGCUGCCUCUCCACGAAACGUGGGCCACAACAUCUACAUCCUGGCUCAUCAGUUGGCCCGCCACAACAAGGAGCUGCAGGCCAUGUUGAAGACCUAUGGGGAGGGGGAUGAUGCCCUGGAGUUCUAUGCCAAGCACACAGCUCAAAUUGAGAUUGUGCGGCUGGAUCGCACCAUGGAGCAGAUAGUCUUCCCCGUGCCCAACAUCUGUGAGUUCCUCACCAACGAGUCCAAGUUGCGGGUGUACUACACCACGGAGCGUGACGAGCAGGGCAGCAAGAUCAAUGACUUCUUCCUGCGCUCCGAGGACCUCUUCAAUGAGAUGAACUGGCAGAAGAAGCUGCGAGCCCAGCCCAUUCUAUACUGGUGCUCUCGCAACAUGUCCUUCUGGAGCAGCAUCUCCUUCAACCUGGCCGUACUCAUGAACCUGCUGGUGGCCUUCUUCUACCCUCUGGAAGGAAUCCGCAGAGGUACGCUGGAUGGUCACCUGUCAGCCCUGCUGUGGAUCGCCAUGCUGGUGUCCCUGGCGAUCGUCAUCAUCCUGCCCCAGCCCCACGGCGUCCGGGUCCUCAUCACCUCCACCAUCCUCCGUCUCAUCUUCUCUGUGGGCCUGGAGCCCACCCUCUUCCUGCUAGGGGCCUUUAACGUGGGCAAUAAGAUGAUCUUCUUGAUGAGUUUUGUGGGGAACAGAGGGACGUUCACACGGGGCUACAAGGCCAUGAUCAUGGAUGUAGAGUUCCUCUACCACCUCCUCUACCUGAUCAUCUGUAGUCUGGGUGUCUUCGUCCAUGUCUUCUUCUACAGUCUGCUGCUCUUUGACCUGGUGUACAGGGAGGAGACACUGUUGAACGUGAUCAAGAGUGUAACCCGUAAUGGCCGCUCCAUCCUGCUGACUGCCGUGCUGGCUCUCAUCCUGGUCUACCUCUUCUCCAUUGUUGGGUACAUCUUCUUCCAAGAUGACUUCCUCCUCAAUAUUGACAGGAUACCUAAUAAAACACUAGAGAGUGGAGCCAGUAUGGUGGGAGAUUUUCUGUCGGCAGGAGUGUGUCGGAAGGACAGCGGGGAGAACUGCUCCACAGAAGCUGUUAUGGAUGCCACCCAGCCGUCGGCAGUGGUGAUUGAGGACAAGGAGCGGUCGUGUGACUCCCUCCUCAUGUGUAUCGUCACUGUCCUGAGUCACGGCCUGAGGAGUGGAGGUGGUGUGGGGGAUGUUCUGCGGAAGCCAUCCAAAGAGGAGCCUCUAUUUGCUGGCAGGGUGAUAUAUGACCUACUUUUCUUCUUCCUCGUCAUCAUCAUCGUCCUCAACCUCAUCUUCGGAGUCAUCAUCGACACCUUUGCCGACCUCAGGAGUGAGAAACAGAAAAAGGAGGAAGUCCUGAAGACAACAUGCUUCAUCUGCGGCCUAGAAAGGGACAAGUUUGACAACAAGACGGUGACAUUUGAAGAGCACAUCAAGGUGGAGCACAACAUGUGGCACUACCUGUUCUUCAUAGUGCUGGUGAAGGUGAAGGACUCCACAGAGUACACAGGACCAGAGAGCUACGUCGCUGAGAUGAUCAGGGAGCACAACCUGGACUGGUUUCCACGGAUGCGGGCCAUGUCUCUGGUAUGUAGCGAUGCGGACGGGGAGCAGAAUGAGAUCAGGAGCCUGCAGGAGAAACUGGAGUCCACCAUGAAGCUAGUCUCCAACCUCUCUGGACAACUGACCGAGCUCAAGGAGCAGAUGACAGAGCAGAGGAAGCAGAAACAGAGGAUCGGACUGUUGGGUCAUCCUCAGCAUCCUCAACACGCGAACCCCCAGCAAACUGCGUGAGGCUGAGGCAAGGAAGCCCCCCCCCCCCCCCCAUCCAGCCACAAGACCCAGGGAGAGCUACUUCUACUGCUUUGUGUUUGCAUAGGGAACAGAUUGCAGAGUCUUCACUUAGUGGUCCCUCCCGUCCUGCAUAUAUACUGUAGCUACCAAAUGUGUGUGUGAAGCGUAGCACAUUGAAUUAGCUAGUCAUAUAAUUGUGUAGGUUAGCCUACGAAGGUAUAACUCAAACAAAAUCACUCACCAUGCCCAGGCAACCCAUCCUUUUCCCAGUCCAGUUGGGAUUGGUGCCAAAUGUUUUCUAUGUAAAAAUGUAAGUGAAUUCUCAUUACAUGGCCUUUACUGGGUGAACUUGAAAUACAGCAGAGCAGGGCCGGCGUUAUGGGCGGGCUGUAGGGGGCCUGGUCCGCCCUACCGUACCUCCUUGAAAUAUUGAUAAUUUAUUUGACUGAGAAGUCAAAGACGCAUCAAUCUCAGAUAAAGCAUGCGAGCGAAACAGCGCUCCUCUGUCUCCGUAUGUGUAGACCAUGUAUCUGAUGCUGUCUGAACAAAAGGAGUAUGGCAUGUCAUACUUUCUCUGGCCAGACAGCAUCAGAUACAUGGGCUACACGUAGUAAUACAGAGUGGCGCUGUUUCGCUCGAUGGUUUCAGCAGAUAGGCAGAGGUGAAGCAAGAGGGCUCACUCUCGCCAGAAAUCUGUCCUGAAUGCGUUUCUAUGGGGAUAAUAUGCAGACCUAAGCUUGUCGCCUGCAUUCCCACCUUUGGGACAAUGACUCGCACUGUUAGGGCGGAGACAUGAGCAUCUCGUCAUUAUAUACAGACAUCUGGUUUCAGCCACUUGCGAAUUACAAAGAAAAGUUGGUGGGUAAACAGUGCACUAUUCGAAUAGUAGCUUCCCCUAAAGUAAAUUGAUGUUUUGCCAAAAUUAUAUAAUGACUCCUGUCUAAAUAAAAUAAUAAUAAAUACUUUACCAGAGAUCAUGACUUAGCUACAGAGGAUCAUUAGUUUAUUUUUCUUUUAGAUAGCUGCGGAUUAUUUCAAAACACAAGUGCAUAGGCCUAUGCCUAUUUGGAAAGCCAGCAAUUUGGGCAGAGCACGUGGCAAUAUGCCUAGCUGAUUAUUGAAUUGUGGCUGUCAGCGGAAAAACAUCUAAAAUGUGUGAAGAUAAUGUGUCUUGAGUAUAAUUUAAAAUGUUGAGACAAGAAGCGGAGGGGGGUGUGGCGAAGAUAUGGGCGUCUCUCUCCAGAAUGCAUGCACUCAGCUCUUCAGAAUAUGCUCCGCUGUCUCCCGUGAAUUCUUGCACAUUCAUUGUUUCAUUGUGUGAAUGGUUUUCCCUAUGAUUGUUUAUUUUGAUAAAUUCUCCAUUACAUAUGUAACCAGUAGGCCUAGUAAAUGUACCAUUAAUCUCUGUCAUUUGGUUACAUUCAUUUCUGUUAGUGCAUAUAUUGCAGUCAUUUACUGUUCUCAUUCUCGGAGUGGAAACAUUGUUUACAGAGUUCACAACCUGCUACACUUGUGAGAAACAAGUUUUGGUUUAUUUCAUAACCAUCAUUUUAGGAGUUUUGUCAUUGUAUUUUGUUUUGAGUGCUGUGAGCAAUGAGAAUGUGAGUGGUUUCUCUGUCCUGAUAACGUUGAGGGAGCGCCUGAGCACGCCAACCUGCUGAGUUGAUACAAUGUUGCACUUCACUGCACUAGCAAGUCAAGACAGAUAGAUAGAUAGAUAGAUAGAUAGAUAGAUAGAUAGAUAGAUAGAUAGAUAGAUAGAUAGAGAGAUAGAGAGAUAGAGAGAUAGAGAGAUAGAGAGAUAGAUAGAGAGGCAGGCAGGCACAGUAGAGCGAUGAAUGUGAUUGAAAGAACCUGCAUUUUCUUCAGGAUAUUUUCUACUGUUUUUAUUUGUCGCUUUACCCCUAUGUAUUUUACUUAGUUGACGAUGGAAGUUGUUGGCCUAGUGCUGCAUUGGCCUAUAGGCUAUCUCUGAACUCUGUGUUAAUUUCUUUAGCCUAUAAACUAUAAAAAAUAAAGGGAGUCGCACACUCCAUAUAUAAACUCUCAGUAAUUUAUUGGGUAAAUCACCAACGUUUCGGCGUGACUCUCUUUAUUUAUAUAGUUUAUUUGUCAUUAGUCACCACCUCCACACAAAAUACGUUUUCUGGGUGUGCGCCAGCUCAUGUUUUUUAUUAAUUUCUUUAGCCGCCAAUGGAUCACGGUGUAUCAAUGUGUCAAUUUGGCAGAGGCAGGUGCUCUUGCAUUAGUUGAAUUUUAACUUUUAGAUUUUUAUCAUUUUAAUUCAGAUUUGUAUGAUUAACCACGUAAAAAUAAAUUUGAGAAACAAAAACGUUAUUAUUGAAAUGAAACUGUUCCACGAAAAUGUGCAUAUACAAAUAAUCAUAACUUAUACCCAGAUAGGUAGAAAUGGCGGGAUAAAUUGUAAGCUUCCCCAAACUUGAAACUCACGAGCUGCCUAUGGCCUUUAUUAUAACACCCAUCAACAAAAUUUGUGAAAGCGCGUGCACACAGGAGGUCCCGUGAAAAAAAUGGACCCGCCUAUAGGAAUGAAAUGCCUGUCCAACUGAUUCGUUCUGGCGACGGCCCUGCAGCAGAGCUGUACCGGACACAGGAAGAUGUAGUCCGACGUGAAAUGGCACUGGGAGACAUGGAAAUAAACAUCUUUUUGUAUUUACUACUGGUAUAGCAAGCAGUAUUUAAUGUCUUAUUUUUGUAUCUUGUGCAAUAUCACUACUUUAAUAUGCAAACUCCUUGGUGUGAGAAUUUAAGUUGUUCCUAAAGUAAUGUCUUAUUUAAUAGGGACAGAACUUUUUUCCACAUGGGAGCUUUAUUUUGUAUUAUUUUGCUUUUAAAUGAAAUAGGGACCUGUUGUUAGACUUCACAUAUGGAAAUGACUCCAUGUAGAAUAGCAGUUGGUCGGACAGAUUAAGUUACAUGUAUUGUUCUGGCCUUUCUGAUUUUACUUGUUUUAUUUCUUUCAGAAGGUUGCAUAAAAAGUCUUAAAUGCACUUCAUAAAGAUAGUAUAUUGUCUGAGAGCUAGUAUAGGUCUUGUUUUCAGUUUCAUUUCUGCAAAUAAGAUUGUGUCCUAUCUUUUACUAUUUUAUGGUAUUUGCUUUCUUAUGUAAAACUGGCAUUUAAAGCUUUUAGGAUACUUGCUUUUCUUCAUCCAAACAAAUAUAUUAUGUAAAAUGUCAUCGUGCUGUUAUGUGUUUAUUAAUCAUAUUUCCACAUUGUCUUGCACUACAUAUUAUUAGCAUCUGUCAUCCAGGUUGAUCCUCUUGUAAUUAUAACACCUGUUAUGUGUGCCAUUUGUCCCUUUAAGAUGUUUUUUGGUUCUGAUUUACUACUUGUGACAAAGCCACUAUCUUUUUCCUUUGUUUUAUCAUUCAGCGCAAAUUUCUGUUCUCAAUUCUGCUGUUUAUUUGAUAUAUGAUUAUUUAUUGGUUUGUAUUGUUGUACUUUAAACAUGUGCAUGCAUUAUGUUGCUUAGCCAUUGUUUUUUGUAUAGGGACCUAUGUUUUCAGAAAAGUAAUGUGGAAUUUAAAAGCAGUGUUACUGAAAAUGAAUGUGCAGAGGACUAAUUUUAAAGAUUUAAGCACUGUUAGACUUGUAAAAUAAUGUAGAAUUGUCUAAUAAAAUAUAUGUAAUUCUCCUUUACAUCCACCACUGAAUCUUGUCACUACACUGUAUGCUACUGGGCUACCGUAUGAAGGGAAGCUGUAGUCCAGUCUUCUCUUUUCCCUCUGCUCACUGUGUAAAUGGACAGUCUUGUAGUCCAUUGUAAAAAAUCUAGCUGCAAAGGUCAGAGAGGUAA